CGUUGAGGGGAAAGUAUUUGUAAGAGUUAUCCGUCGUUCUGGACAGUCUCGAAGGGAAAUACGUUUUAUUGUAAUUUACGCCUCACACUUUCAUUAGUCGGAUCCUUUUGUGAUAUUUGGGUAACCAUAAUUCGUUUCCAAAUGACGCGGUAUGUAAGCAGUUGUUUCAUUACUCUGCUCGUUCUGUUCCUUUGGCGGGUCGAAGCAUCGCAGAGGCUUGCAGAUGCUCCCUCCGCAUCCUCACAGGCUUUUUGCGAUGCAGAUAUAGUGAUCAGGGCGAAGGUGGUUGGCAAGAAAGCUUUGUCUAACGAGAUCAAGUAUGACAUCCAACAGAUCAAGAUGUUCAAAUGUCCUAACCAGGUUAUCCACGCCAUCUACACUGCAUCCUCCCCAGCCGCAUGCGGUGUGACUCUGGAAAUCAACAAGGAGUAUCUCUUCACAGGCAAGCUGGAGACUGGAGGAUGCAUGUAACACUGUGUGCUAUAAUCCGCCUGGGAGGACGUGAGUGCUGCA